CCCCUCCCCUCCAGUGUACGUGCCGCUUUGCUGCAGCGUGAUGGCGGAUACACCAACACACCGGCUCGGUACCGUCUGCUCCGUGGUUAAAGGCUGUGAAUCCCGUUCUGUUCGCGUCGAAAAUUCUGGGCCGAAUCCGAACAGCGGAAACAUGAGGAUGCCCGUGGCAGAGGUCACCCUCAGUGGGAUGAAUCAGUGCAAACAGGCCCAGGAUCAGCUGGAGGAGGCCAUUAGCGGAGUGUUAAAGGCUGAACAACAGCUGAGGGAGAACGCCAGAGAGGUGCGUGCGGAGCUGCAGACCUGCGUCAGUCGUCAACAGGAGGCGCUGCGGUGCAGGGAGGUGUGGCUUCUGGGUCAGAUCGAACUGUUGGAGCAACUGAAGACGGAGACGCUGCAGCAGCAGCUCCACCAGCUGCACCGGCUCAGAGGACAGUUUGAUGUAAUCAGUCAUCAGAUGCAGAACUCCAACAACAACGACUUAAACAACCAGCUGACGAGCUGCAUGGAGAAUUUGUCGUCCCUCAAUCUGACUCCAGAGGAAUCUCCUCAUAUGAGUUUUCAAGCCGACACUCGUUCUCUCAGAGCCGCCAUCACCUCCUUUGGCUCCGUCAGCGCUCAGCAGGCUGAGGGUGUGUCCUCUCAGAGCCCCACCCCCUGCAGAGGACUGGUGCAGAACUGUCCUGUCAUCGCCAAGAAACAGAAGACAGACACUUCAGUUCUGAGUAACUGGCUGCUUGGACCACGCCCUGGAAGCAGUGCUCCUAUUGGCUACCAGUCUAGUAAGAACCCAGAGGACUGGUUGGUGUCGCACAGAGAGAACAAGGUCUCUUCCUGUCCCGUCCUGAACCACAUGGACUUCCUGAAGGCCUGGGGUCAGCUGAAGGACCUGGAAGCGUGGCUUCUGCAGGAGCAGCCAAUCAGCAGAGAUAGGAGUAGCAGCUGCAGCUCCUCCUUCUCCAUUGAGAAGAUUGACGAAUCAGAGCUUGCCAUGUCUCCACAUGAUGGUGAUCAGGACCAGGACCCAGAUUUGGGCGACUGGCUUAUUACCCCUUCCCCUGUCACCAAGGAGACAGAUGCGGAGCGUUGGCGCCAGGUGCUGAAACCAUUUGAGGAUAACUGGGCAUCAUCUGAUUGGCUGGCAGGAUCCAGAAGCUCCGCCUCCUCUGACUGCUCCUCCUGCUGUCAGACCAAAACCAAAGCUGUGGAGAUCGAGAAUCUCGGUCAGCUCAAGUGCCUGAAGACCCCGCCCCCCUCCAGCCCCACCUUCCCUCCCAGUCCCAUUCCCCAGGUGGCGUUGGAUGCGUGGCUUCAGCAGGUGGCCCCGAUCCAACAGGCCUGUCGUGCCAACGAGCCAUGCUCUGCCUACUCCGACUGUGUCUGUGAUGAGAACUGUGGGAAACAAGCUCUGAGCCGUUGGCUGCUCACACAGGAGGGGCGGGACAAGAACGGAGUACCUGUUGCCAAGACCCCACCCUCUGCCAAGAACGCCCCGCCCACAGUCAGUGACAGAGAGCAGAAGGUUCAGGCAAUCCUCGAGGCUUGGCUCCACCCCAGCACCCCCCAGUCCCCGCCUCUGUCCCAGUCCACGCCUCCUUCCUGCAAGACUCCACUGACCUCUUCUUUGUCGGGUUGGGUGGUCCAGCAGGAGGCGGCCACCAGGGACGACCACUCCCACUUCAAACCGUCCUCAUCCUCCUUGUCUUCAUCCCCGUUCCAGUGCCCCCUGGAGGCAGAUCUCUGGGUGCUGCCAGAGAAAACACCCCCUCCGUCAGUCUGUGAAGAGGACAAGUGGCUCCUGAAGAAGAAGAGUCAAGCUCAGGAACGUCUGACGCUGCCCGCCGUCUGCGAUCUGUUCUCCUGCAUGAAAAUGGGUGGAGACAAAGAAAAGUGGCUGCACAGGGCUCCUGUACAGAUGUGAAACGACCACUGAUGACGAAGCUUCUGGAUGUUUCUUCUUCUUCCUCAUCUUCUUCUCUCAGAGUCACUUUAUCGCUGAUCAGCGCACAUAACGUAACCACCUAAUCAAUGCAGACGCCUUUUCCUGCCACCACUGUCAUCCAAUCAGGAUCCAGAGCAUAGUUUAAAGGAGCAGUCGCACAUUUUCAUCUGGAACAAAGAAUCGUUAAUGAGCCUUAAAAUGUGCGAGUGCGAGUGGGACAGAUCCUGACAUGGAACAGAGCUCUAAAGGGGUGGGACAUGUAUGUAUGGGCGGGGCUACACAUAAAAGUGGGUGGGCUUAAAGUUAGUCUUUAUUUUUAAUCAUUAUUAAACAUAUUUUUAUGACUUUAACAGAAUCAGCCUUUUUUGGCCGAAUGUUCCUUUAAUUUACUCAGUCUAAUUAUGUCAUAAGUGAUGGGACAGGUCACAUGACUGCUGUGAUUGGACAGAAACAGGAGGUGCUUUUUAUGGAAGCUGUUUGAUUUGUUUUGGUUUUUGGGGGCGGGGCUUUGAUUUCUUUUGCUGCAACUCUACAGUGAACAAAUAAAUAAUCUCAAUGACUCUG